CUGACGUAUUCAUGUUUAAAAAAUUAUGUUGGGACAUGUGUACACACCUGUGUGAACUGGAGGAGAACAUACUUUAUACAUCAACAUCAUGUGUUUGGAUUUAUAUGUUGUUAUUUAAUGCCAUGCCUUUUCAUUGAAGUGUGACUUAACUUUCCAAAUGCUUUCUGGAGAAACUGUAAACAGGCCUGUGACUAGUUCUUUUUCUGGCUGUUUUCCUGACACGCUAUUUAUGAGGCAAUACAUUUGCUUUACUAUAGCCUACUUACUAACGUUUUAGUUAAAAUAAUAGGCUAAUAAUAGGCUAAUAAUAAAUUGAAUAAUGAAUUCAUUGUUUGAUUGUAACGCUUUUUACACAACUUCUGAAUACAUCGGAAUUCCAUUUGAUCCACAUCAUCAGCAUUCGUUUGCACCUGGAUACCAUGGUAACCGGUAAACAUCAGGACGCUAUGAUGACACGGGGCGCAGCUCCACGGGUCGCCUUCGGCAGCUGCCAGAAACGUAUGAUGUUUCCAACGCACUUUGCGCCUGAUCGCAUGGGCAAUGAAAUGCUCGCGCUCUACAGCUCCAAAGACCUAGGACCCGGAUGUUACGACAACCACACGGUGGCCAGUCUUACAUACGGGCUCCAACACAGACCUGAGAGUAAGAGGGGAUAUGUGUUAGGAGCGCGCACUGCACCACGCUUUCUGCCUCCAGUUAAGACGGCCACCCCUUCACCACAGAAAUACCAGCCGGACUGGACUCGGUCUGAAGUGUGUCCUCCUGGAAAUGCACCAUUCAAUAGUACCACUGCAAGAUUCAGACAUUCAAAUACAGACUCCAGCCCUGGUCCAGGGGCAUAUGUUCAUGAUACCGGCCAAAGCAAGGUGGUGUCGUGGCCUAUGAAAUUUGGCUCUCCAGACUGGUCAAAUGUGCCAUCACUGGAGAGAAGAGCACUGCGUACAGAGGUACAGAUAUUUCUGACAUUCUUCAAAUUACAAUUCAAAGAAACAAUAAUGUUUUUCCUUAGCUUAUAUAAUUUUUUUUUUCUUCAUAAUUUGUGUCCAUGCAGCUCUACCAUGACAAAGAGUUUAGGAAACAGAGGAACAGGGUGGCAUAUCUAAGCUUGUUUUACUGAUGACACUAAAACUACCACAAG